AUGGUGACAAACCUCCUUACCAAUGUCAAGGAUGCCCUGAAGGGUUUCCCUGUUACAGAUAUUUGUGGGUGGACGGACAGCUUGGUGGUUCUUCACUGGAUAAGAGGUGCUGGUCAAUACAAGCAGUUUGUUGAGAAUCGCGUCAGGAAAAUUCAAGCAAAAUCAGAGAUCAAAUGGAGACACGUUCCUACGGAGGAAAACCCGGCGGAUCUGGCGAGCAGGGAUGGUGAUGUUCAACACAAGGAACUGUGGUGGAAUGGCCCUGAGUGGAUGGCCAAGCCCGAAGUGUGGCCACGAGAUAUCGUUAGUCAGUCAUCUGCAGAGAGCCAAGCAGAAGCAAGAGUAACCAGGGAGAUUUUCGCAGUAGCUACAGAAACCAACCCAGACCAGCUAGAUCUUAUCCUUAAGGAUCACGAACUGACUAAGGCAGUACGAGUAAUUGCAUGGAUUGCGAGAUUCAUUUACAACUGCCGAAAUCCCGACAACGUCAUCCGAGGUCCACUAACUACUGAUGAGCUAAUGGCCCAGCAUGAAUUUUGGAUCAAACGAGCGCAGCAAAGCAGCGACAACGAGGAAGAUCGCCUACGACUUAACGUUCAACCAAAUGAACAGGGGAUUCUGCAGUGUCGAGGUCGUGUUCAAGGCGAAUACCCGAUUUAUCUCCCAGAUACUCAUCCUUACACAAAGAAGUUGGUGCAACGAGAGCAUUUGCGAACUCUUCAUGGGGGAGUCCAGCUGACAAUGACGAGCGUGAGAAAGAAUUAUUGGGUUCCGCGUUUGCGGAGACUUGUAAAAGGAACGGUGAAAGAAUGCCAUGGAUGCCGAAGAUUCCGAGCCCGAGCUGUGGCGGAUCCCCCUCCUGGUAACUUGCCUGAAGAUCGUACACAAGGGACAUACCCAUUCCAAGUUAUUGGUGUAGAUUACGCUGGGCCAAUCCGUUAUAAGAAACGAGCGAAAGUCGAAGGGAAAGCCUAUAUAGCUGUAUACACCUGUUCUUUGUGUCGUGCGGUGUAUCUAGAUUUGAUGGCAUCUCUCGAAACACAAGAGUUUCUGUUGAGCCUAAAGAGAUUCAUUGCGAGGAAAGGGCGACCAAAAAAAAUAUACUCUGACAACGGGUCCACAUUUGUUGGAGCGGCGAAUUGGCUAAAGAAGGUGAACAACGAUGAGAAAUUCAAUCAAUACCUGGCAGAUAACAAGAUCGUCUGGCAGUUCAAUCUGAGUCGCGCCCCUUGGUGGGGCGGACAGUUUGAGCGGAUGGUUGGCCUCGUAAAGAAUGCUCUACACAAAACCAUUGGAAACGGUCUUCUAUCCUGGAAAGAGCUCGAGGAGGUGUUGCUCGAUAUAGAAGUGUGUCUGAACGAUAGACCAUUGAGCUAUGUGGAAGAAGAUCUCCAAUUUCCCAUUCUCACACCGAAUACCUUGAUAUUCCAUCAAACCAAUACCAUACCAGAAGCACAACCACAUCAUUGCGAAGAGUUCGACCUAAGGAAGAGAGCGAAAUACCUACGGAAAUGCAAGGACGCGAUGUGGAAGCGAUGGUCGAAUGAAUACGUACGUGGUUUACGAGAGAGACAUAACCUUAUCCAUAAAGUCAAGCAGUCCAAGUUAUCAGUCGGAGAUGUAGUGAUUAUAAAGAGUGAGGAGAAGAAUCGGAGAAAGUGGCCAUUGGGAAUUGUCACAGAGCUAUUUCCAGGUCGAGACGGCGUGGUGCGGGCAGUUCGAUUACGUGCUGGCAAAGGGUUUCUCGAGAGUCGGCCAAUUCAACACCUAUAUCCACUCGAAUUGUCCGUCGACAGAUCGAAGACGUCUCCACCCAGUGACUUGAACGCAAACUCGAGAGAAUUCAGACCAAAGAGGCGAGGGGCAAUCGUAGCUCGAGAGAGAAUACGACAGGCGAUGCAAGAUGAAGAAGAGGAAGAACUUUAA